AAGGUGUGAGAGUCGGGGCCCAAGGGUCCCUGGUUUUGCCUCACGACCUUCGUCAAGGUCCUCAGUCAAGGAAGGGACUGUGUGCAAGGGGCUCGGGCCUAACCCACGGUGUGUGUGUGUACCAAGCACUGAACUGCAGGUGUGACUACUGGACCAGAGCUGGCUCCCAUGGGAACUUGUACGAAGACAAUGGAUGGCUGGACAGCCUGUGCUUACCUGCAACCAGGCCCAGACCUGCUUGGCCCAGACCUGCUCGAUCUAAACGGUUGCACCUGGUUCCCAGAGCAACGGGGCUCCUCACAAUGACUUUCGGGUGCUCCCUCCCGCUUCUGCCCGCCUUGGCCAGGUGCCCCCCGCUUCUGAAAUGACUAUAAAAGCUUCCCCCUGUGACUCACACUUUGAGAUCUCCCCACGGACAGAAGACGGAUCCAUUGGCCAGACGCCACGCCACGAGGACGCCUCUGCCGUUGGUAGCUAUAUCCCCCUGCCCCCCUUUCCUCGCUCUGUAUCCUAUUUUUCCUUUCUCACUCCCUCUAUCGCAAGUGUUGUUGGCACUCAAUAAAGGUGCAUUUGUUGUAUGAUUAAACUAUUGUCCCCUCGAGUACUUUUUGCACUCUGAGAUCACACGAACCUAUCACGAUUCCUGCUUGGAUCGUGACAUUAAAUUGGCGUCACGGACAGGAUUCUGACAGACAGAGGGGUUGCGAGGUUGUGUGUAGUCUGUACCAGGGGGAGGAAGUUUGGCUCCAGCCGCACCUAGCCCGUCACCUCGGUGAACGUGGUUAGAAAGCAAGGGGGGCCUCUCUGAUUCCUCGCACACUGCACACACCUAAGGUGUAACAGCACCCCAAACUCGAUUGAGGGCUCUGUUGUCAGAAUUUCACAAAAGAACUUUGAGUGCAAAAGUCGGGACUGACUACCUGGUGUUAGGGGGAGACAUCCUGUGUUGUAAUUGAAGGUGAACCUCCCAGGUAGAUAGGUCUCCCCACCCACCCAGGGAAGAAAAGGGAAGACACAGCCCUGCUGUGCGUGUGUGUGUGUGUAACUAAGCAGUGCCUCCCUGACGUGGUUUUGAUCCCUACACAGACAUGGCUGAGGAGCUCCCUGUAAAAGAUAAAGCUGCAUUUUAUGCCUUGUUGGCAAAACAUAAUGCCCGACCCUCUCCUGGGGGAGAAGAGUGGGCAAAAGAUAACUGGUUUAACUUGGAGAGUGUAACUGAUAGAAUAUCUUCUUUGCAACAUGAAGUAAAGUAUAAAUUGGGCAGAAAUAAGAAUGUCCUUGCUUCAGUUUUGGGAGCUUGUCUUACAGCAGCCAUAGCAGAACGUAAUGUGAAAAUGAGUGAGGAACAAAAAAUCAUAGACUCUCUUCAGGAUUUAGUAACAAUUUUGCAAGGACAGUUAGAUCAGGAGAGGAAAGAGUUAGAUCAAGAAAGAAAAGAGAAUCUUUUACUGAAAACAGCUUUGAAAGAAUUAUCUGUUAAAAACUCUAAACAUGAUGACCCCUCCCAAAUUACUGUGGAAAAGGAAUCUCCUUGUAACAAUCAAAUAUAUCCACAAAAAGAUUUGGAAUUGGCUAAAGAAAAAACAGGUCAAACUGAAACCUCGGUGCCAAAAUUGAGACCAGUAAUUAAAAUGGAAUACAAUUACAUUAAUGAUGAAGACACUGACCCACAUAUUACAACUAAAGAAGUCCCAUACACAGCUACUGAAUUAGCAAAAUUGAAAAAAGACUUUAGCCGACUCCCACAUGAAUCAGAAACAGAAUAUGUUUUCCGGGUGUCUCUCACUGGAGAAGAUCAAAUUUUAUUAUCAGAACAAGAGACUGGUGGUUAUUGGGGUCAUGGUGUCUUCUUAACAACUGGAGAUAAGCGCAGACCAUGGUCCCUAACUCAGCAUGCAGCUUACUGGGCUGGGGGAAUUAGUGCCUUGGAAAGAGGAGACCCUUUGGCCCUAGUUGGUAGUUCAGACCAAAUUUUAGAAAACAUUUAUAAAGCUGCCUGUUUACAAAUGAUAGAUGAAAGGAAAUUACUUUUUGGCUGUGAAUCACCCAUGCAAUUGCCUGUAAAGCCUGAAAUUAUGAAUCUUUUAAUUCAAAAGCCUUUGGAAUCACUUAAACCUAUAGCAAUUGUUUUAAGUUUUGUAGAAAAGCUAGACAGAUCCCUCAGAAACCCGAGUGAACCAACCGGAUCUACAGAUCGUGGUUUCAGUCCUUAUCCUACCUUCUCCCAGCCCCCAGUCCCUCGAUUUAAUUCACCUGCCGGUGAUUGUAAUUUUUGUGUAUUGAGUGAAAUUGCAGUAGAAUUGACCAAUUAUGUUAAAACUCCUAGUAGUGAAAAAUCAGAGAAAAGAAAACAGAUCACUAGCCGUCAACACUUGUUACUAUUAGAUAUUAAAAAAGGGGUCCCCAAAGAAAACCCAAAUUUUCUGGGGCAACCCCUCACCAAAAAAUCACAGCCCAGCACACACUUUUCUUUUGAGAAUCUGGGCAGUGAGCCCAGAAACAAUCUAACAAUCCAACCCCCCCCACCUGACAGGGUGGCUGAAAGAGCCUCAGUCGGAGCUGUAAAAAAUCUGACAAUGAACUUGGAUGGCAGCCCAGAAGUACCUGCCUCAGUCACUGAAACAGCCCCUCCCUUUUGCCCCAAGCAGUCUCAUCUUACUGCAGAAAUUGUCCCAGAUUGGGCAAAAUGUGAAAAGACCAAAUGGGCUUCUCAUACCUCUUAUGGAUGGGAGGCUAACAAGGGUUCCAAAAUCACUGCUUUUUGCCCAGCAGUUCCAAGCAUAAAUACGUGCUGGAUAAUUCCUUCAUAUUAAUUUUUUUGCCUUUGGAGGCAGAUUCUGUUGUGUUUAUUUUUUACAGGAGAACUCCAAGGGACAUAAAGACCACAUAAAACCAUGAUAAAACUGGUGAUAUUUUAAAUAUUAUUUGUGUUAUAGGAACAAAAUUAAGAAUUUUAAAUAGUAUUGAUUGAGAAAUAUUAAUUAAUAAAUUGGUUGUUAUAAUUAAGAAUUUGACAAUAUCUUUUACAGUCGUCCUUAUUGGUCUUGGGAAUGAUUCAGUGGUUAUUAUCAAAUAUAUUAUUAAACUGAGAACUGGUAAAUGUGAAUGAUUAUAAAUUGAUAAUUGAUUACAAAACUUUUAGCUAUUAGCUGCCUCCAGUUUUAGUUGUGGAUGCAGUUAGUUGCUGCCUCAAUUAUAAAGAAAUUUUAAAAGAUUUUCAAUUUUGGCAAAACUUAGUGAAUUUUAUUUAAAACUUUAUUAUAAACAUAGUCACAGUUUUUGUAUUGAUCAUAUGUAAUGUUUUAGUAUAUUUGAUAUUUCCUAUUAUUGUGUUAAGUUUAAAUCAUGAUGGAGCUAUUCUCUAUCCUUUCCAGUAUAGGGAAUGGGCCCAUCAAACUGAUGAGAAAUUGUAAACUGUUAAUUUAGAAUUUUGUUUUGUUUGGGAACAACAAAAGUUUAUUUGUGCUCACUUGACAUGGAUGUUCCCAAAGUUAUUGACACCGAGUGAAUUGCACUAACAGCAAAGUAAGGAUUGUUUGCUGUAUAUCUUAAAUUGAUUGUUGUGUUUUUGAUUUUUUGUGAUUUGUUUUGAUUGUUUGAAAGAAAUUUGUUUUAUUGUAAUUAUUAUUGACUGAAAUUGUUUAAUUAGAAUUGUUUGAUUUUCUAAUGGUUAAUUGAAUGUAAACAUAAUGAGAAACAAUUAUUAAAAACAAUUUGUUUUGUUUUCUUUUUUCUUGUUCCUUUUGUUUUCCUCUUUCCUACUUUUCUUUAUCCCUCUAUUCUUUUUCCCUAUUUUUUCCGGGAUAUGCUACUGACGGCUUGAUGAGUCCUGAAGAAUUCACAACCGUGCUGCUGAAUCAACGGAGUUUUCUUGACGACGAUCGUGAGUCACGGGGUGGUGUGAGAGUCGGGGCCCAAGGGUCCCUGGUUUUGCCUCACGACCUUCGUCAAGGUCCUCAGUCAAGGAAGGGACUGUGUGCAAGGGGCUCGGGCCUAACCCACGGUGUGUGUGUGUACCAAGCACUGAACUGCAGGUGUGACUACUGGACCAGAGCUGGCUCCCAUGGGAACUUGUACGAAGACAAUGGAUGGCUGGACAGCCUGUGCUUACCUGCAACCAGGCCCAGACCUGCUUGGCCCAGACCUGCUCGAUCUAAACGGUUGCACCUGGUUCCCAGAGCAACGGGGCUCCUCACAAUGACUUUCGGGUGCUCCCUCCCGCUUCUGCCCGCCUUGGCCAGGUGCCCCCCGCUUCUGAAAUGACUAUAAAAGCUUCCCCCUGUGACUCACACUUUGAGAUCUCCCCACGGACAGAAGACGGAUCCAUUGGCCAGACGCCACGCCACGAGGACGCCUCUGCCGUUGGUAGCUAUAUCCCCCUGCCCCCCUUUCCUCGCUCUGUAUCCUAUUUUUCCUUUCUCACUCCCUCUAUCGCAAGUGUUGUUGGCACUCAAUAAAGGUGCAUUUGUUGUAUGAUUAAA